GCCGCCGGCAGCCCGGGCGCCCCGGCGGGCGGGCGGGCGGCCCCUUGAGCCGGGCGGCGGGAGGAUGGAGCCACAAAGGACUUUGGCUGACACGUGCGGCGGGGCGGCCGGCGGCCGCGACUAGGGCCACCCCCCUCCCCUCCCUCCUCCCCUCCCCGGUAUGCUGCGCUCCCGCCGGGCCCCUCAGCGCGCUCGACGCACGGCGGCGAUGGAGCCGGCCGGGCUCCUCUGAGGCGGCGGCCGGACCCAGCAUGGCCUCGGCGGGGACCCCGGCGGAGCGGCGGCCCGGGGCGGAGCGGCCGGCGGCGGCGAGGGGCGGGGGGGGCCGGGCGGAGGCGCCGCGCUGCCGCAGCCUGCCCGCGCUCGGCGGGGCGGCGCCGCGGGGCCGCGGGGCCGCGCUCGGCUCCCCCCUGGCGGCCGGGGGGGGCGCCGGCGGCGGCGGCGGCGGCGGCGGAGGGGCCUGGCCGGGCCCCGCCGCGGGACCGGCUGCCGAGGGCGGGCGGGGCGGGGGCGCCGCCCGGCCCCCCCCCGCCGCCGGCGCCGGCGGCGGGAGCUUCCCCCGGAGGACGGAGCGCGGCCAGCCGGCGGCCGGCCCAGGGGUGUCCCCCGGCCCCCCCCCCCCGCCGCCGCCGCCGCCGCCGCUGCUGCUGGCGGGCCCCCCGGGCAGAGCCUGCCUGCGGGCCGUGCUGGCGGACUCGCGCUUCUUCUUGGUGUGCAUGUGCUUCCUGACCUUCAUCCAGUCCCUCAUGGUCUCCGGCUACCUGAGCAGCGUCAUCACCACCAUCGAGCGGAGAUACAGCCUCAAGAGCUCGGAGUCGGGGCUGCUGGUCAGCUGCUUCGACAUCGGGAGCCUGGUGGUGGUGGUCUUCAUCAGCUACUUCGGGGGGCGAGGACGGAGGCCGCUCUGGCUGGCUGUAGGGGGGUUCUUCAUCGCCCUGGGGGCUGCGCUCUUCUCCUUACCUCAUUUCAUCUCUCCGCCGUACCAGAUCCAGGAAUUGAACUCCUCCGUCAGUAACGAGGGCUUGUGCGUGGCUGGCAACGGCACUGCCAAAGAGCAGUGGGACUCGCCGGCCUGUGUCAAGGACUCCGGCGGAAACGACCACUCUCUCUAUGUAGCUUUAUUCAUUUGUGCCCAAAUCCUCAUUGGCAUGGGCUCGACACCCAUCUAUACCCUGGGACCAACCUACUUAGACGAUAACGUCAAGAAAGAAAACGCCUCGCUUUACCUAGCCAUCAUGUACGUAAUGGGAGCACUUGGUCCUGCAGCUGGAUACUUACUGGGAGGACUUCUUAUUGGUUUCUAUGUUGAUCCUAGGACAACUGUUUAUAUUGACCAGAGUGAUCCCCGAUUCAUUGGAAACUGGUGGAGUGGAUUUCUCCUUUGUGCCAUUGCAAUGCUCCUUGUGAUAUUUCCCAUGUUUACCUUUCCGAAAAAGCUCCCUCCUCGACAUAAAAAAAAGAAAAAGAAAAAGAAGAUGAACUCCGAUGAUGUUUCAAGUGAUGAUGAAGUGAUGAAAGAGAAAACAAAUAGCAAAAUACAAGCAGACAGUGCAGUUCCUGCCUCUAUGGGAUUUGGAAAGAAUGUUAAAGAGCUUCCAAGAGCAGCUGUCAGGAUCUUAAGCAACAUGACAUUCCUUUUUGUGAGUUUGUCAUACACAGCUGAGAGUGCCAUUGUCACAGCUUUUAUUACCUUCAUUCCCAAGUUCAUCGAGUCACAGUUUGGCAUCCCAGCUUCCAAUGCCAGCAUCUACACUGGUGUGAUUAUUGUCCCAAGUGCUGGUGUUGGUAUUGUCCUAGGCGGCUACAUUAUAAAAAAACUGAAACUCGGUGCGAGAGAGUCUGCAAAGUUGGCUAUGAUCUGCAGUGGUGUAUCUCUGCUGUGCUUUUCAACUCUCUUCAUUGUUGGAUGUGAAAGCAUUAAUCUAGGGGGAAUAAAUAUACCUUACACGACUGGUCCCACUCUUGCCAUGGCCCACAGGAAUCUGACUGGGAGCUGUAAUGUUAACUGUGGAUGUAAGAUUCACGAGUACGAGCCUGUCUGUGGAUCAGAUGGAAUAACAUACUUUAAUCCUUGCCUAGCUGGCUGCAUCAACGGUGGAAACCAUAGCACAGGGGUAAGGAAUUACACAGAAUGUGCCUGUGUCCAGAGUCGCCAGGUGAUCACUCCGCCAACGGUGGGCCAGCGCAGUCAGCUCCGGCUGGUUAUUGUUAAAACCUACCUGAAUGAGAACGGCUAUGCUGUUUCUGGGAAGUGUGAUAGAACCUGCAACACGCUUAUCCCGUUCCUGAUAUUCCUCUUCAUUGUUACCCUUAUAACAGCAUGCGCCCAGCCAUCCGCAAUCAUAGUGACGCUCAGGUCUGUGGAAGAUGGGGAGCGGCCCUUUGCACUAGGAAUGCAGUUUGUUCUAUUACGAACUCUUGCUUACAUUCCCACUCCAAUUUAUUUUGGGGCUGUUAUUGACACCACGUGCAUGCUUUGGCAACAGGAUUGCGGCGUACAAGGAUCUUGUUGGGAAUACGAUGUCACCUCUUUUCGUUUUGUCUACUUUGGGUUGGCAGCUGCUCUUAAGUUUGUGGGAUUCUUUUUUAUUUUCCUGGCCUGGUAUUCCAUUAAAUGUAAAGAAGAGCAACUGCAGAGACGGAGAUGGAGGGCUUCACCGGUGAACACUGUGAGUGAGAUGGUUGGCCAAGCUGGACCCCAACAAAACUAUGCACGGACUAGAUCCUGCCCUACCUUCAGUUCCCAAGGAGACAUCAGUAUGGCACAAGGAAUGAACUGCGUAGCACAGACAUACCCUGGCCCUUUUUCAGAAGCAAUAAAUUCCUCAAAUGAAAAUGCGUUGGAAGAAGUCACUGCUGAGAUAUAGACCCCUGGCUUGGUAAUGUAAUAUUUAGUUUUGUUGGUUGACUUAAUUAUGGCGCCUUGUAAAACACCUGUGCCUUCUAUUUUUAAUCUAAGUGUAACACGUGAUAAAACCAACAAAGCUUAAUGCAAACAACCAUAGUAUGUUCCUGAGGGCUGGAUACCUCAAAGCAACCGAAGUUCUUAUUUCUCCUCUCCCAACAAUGGACUUUUAAAAAUUGUGUUUGUAAUUGUUUCAGAUGUGUCCAUUAAAUGUCCAUGCUCUGAUCUAAUAUCAAUGUAAGGGUGAGGUAUUAUGAACAGCAGAAGUCAGUGAAAGUGUGACAAAAACUCACAUUGUUGAUGUCUAGAUGUCACAAAAAUGCUUAAAUGUAUUGUCAACUUCACAUCCGUAAAUUGUAUUUUUAAGAGAUGAGUAAUUACUGUGAGUUCUGCUACAAAGCACAACUGAACUUAUUUAAACUAUGCAACUUAUUUGGAUAAUUGUAUGUGCAACAAAUCAGUUAAAAGUUUGCUUUGAAAGACGUUACUGCAACUGAAUUUGAAAGGGGCUAUUUUCAGACAUAAGCAUUAAAAAAGAACAUAGGGUUUAAAGUACUGUUAAUAACAUGUUAAGCCAUACAAAAGUUACGCACCGGGUAAUGUUUGCAAAAAUUGAGUUGUAAUUUCUUUAUCCUCUCAAAAUGCACGUUAAUUUUCAUUUGAUGGCAUGUAGUCGUUCUUCACAAGGUAUACAGGAUGGAGAAGUGUAAUGCUUGGAGUAAAAAACUUCAGUAUUAAUUUAUAAUAACAUUAAGAUGUAGGAAUCAUACACACAUACCAGAGCGGAUAUGUGCGUAUUUCUGUAACGUUAUUUGGGUGGCUGUUACUAGCACCAGAUCCAUACUUUUCCCGAAGAAGAAAAUAAGCAGUUUUAGCUUGCUUGGAAGAGCUUGGCAGUCCAUCAGGAAUGCCUCCCAGUCUAGCUCAGCUCCAGUGAAAAAGCCUGGAGGGAGAGCUGACGGCCUCGUUUCAUGUCUGAGCGUGCGGCUGGGCCGUUUAUUCCAGGUUCCUACAGGAGAUGCUGUGACUUCCUAAUCAAAUGUAUUUGGCAUUUCAUUUCUUGCUCUGGAGGCUCUGUAGUGCCGUGCUUAUGAUAUACUAAUGAUGUCUCAGAGGGCAGAGAAUGAUUUCAGGUGGACACUGGGAAGUCAGAGCUGUAUUUUGCCCUGCAGGGAAAGUCUUUAGAAGUUUAGGAAAUUAAAAGCACUCUUUUAAAAGGGCUCAAUGAUUGGUUUGGAUUUUGCCACGUAGAGAGCUUGCAUGAAAAUAAAUAGGAAAGAGCAGGACUUCUACAAAUUUUUGAACAGACAUAUUCCUGGUUUAAUUUUUAAUUUAUAAUAUGUAAGUUGAUGAAACAUUAUAUGAAACCAAGUCCUUGAAAUUAAAAGCAGUACUCUCCUUGGCAUCCACUGAGUUGUCCUGGGAAGAGUAGUUUUCCUUCUCCUCCUUUGCUGGCUGCCUUUCCUUAUGUCCUGGCUCUUCUUGACCAGCACAUGGGACUACCCACAGGACUGGUUCCCCUGCUUGAAAUGGUGGCUGUUUAUUUCAGAAUGUCUCAGUCCAUUUAUGUGUCUUGUAACGAUUCCCACUCGCUCUGUCUGCAAACUAAGAUACUUCUACUUCAGGCUACAACGUAGAGGAAUAUCGUUUUAAUCACCUCCUGCUACUCUGUACAUAUUCACAGAUUUUGGGGGUCAAGCCUGAGAACUACUUUUUUGCCUUGUGCAGCCACCAGGUGCGAUACAUCCUCAGUCAGCAUGUGCCACCUGACAUGUUAGCUUCUACACUUCUCAUCCUGAGGAAUAAAUUUCCUUGGCUCAAAGGUAUUUGGUAUAUUUUUUUUUCCAUAGGGUAUCAGAACAGAUGAUGCCAAAAAUGUCUCCUUUUGCUCCAGUCUCAAAUGCUUCUUGCACCAAGAAAUUCCUGACAUGGCAAAAAUUGAGGCAAAGCAGUAGGACAAAGUGUAAUUGCAGCCCAUCACCCAUCCAUUUUAAUCACUCACCCAUUUUAGUCAGCACAGGGUGAGGUGAAGAGGGACAAUCUUUUCAAAUACCUCAGAAACAGAGCAUUUAGGGAAUUGUAAAAGGCUGGAAAUGAAUCGUCUGCACUGAUGUAUUCUGUUUCAUGCCUUUUGUGCUCUUCUGUUCCAUGUGAAUAACAAGGGAGAGCAGAUUAGGCUUGUAGGAUUGUCGAGCUAACACUGAUGGCAGAGAAUGAGAGUGAUAGAAGUGACACAUCUGCAACUGCUGCCACUUCUGAGCUGAUUUCAAGGGAAUUCAGAGCUUGUUGGAAUGGAGAACACCUGCUUUUUAGGAAAUCCUGAUGCCUACACUUCUAAAAACAUUAUUUUUUUGAAAUGUUUGAGAAACUGGAAUGUAGAAGGAAAAAUGUUCAGUUUGGAAAUACUGAAAAAGCAUUGUUUACAUACUUUCAAUAGCCUUUUAAUUUUCCUUUCAAAAUUAUAUGGAAAACAUAACAAAAAAAAUCAUUAGUAUUUUUUUAUACAGAUAAUUUUGACAGUAAGAAUAUAUUUCUACAAAAUCACUUAAUUAAAUCAGAAUCCUCUGAAAGAAAGAAAACCCUAACUCUGGCCAGUUUUUGAUUGAUUCCUGAAGGAGGCUUUAUUGUGAGUAAGCUAUAACAGUCUAAAGUAAGCCAAUAAGACGUGCAGGGGAAACACAUUAACUUCCUAGAGAAGUCAAUUCCAGCACUGUCAGCACUGGCUGAAAUAUGGACUAAGACCUGCUGAACAAACACUGUUUCCUGAGGUUGUCAUUGCUGAAGGAAGCAGAAUCGCUGGAGAAAUUGUGUGCACCCCUAGCAGUAGUCUUGAUCGAUGUGUGGUGCUAAACCAACUCACAAGAAGAAAAAAAGGAGCUUUAUCUAUCACCCAGCGGAGGUGGCCAUGCUGUCUCCCUGCUGUGAAAUCCUCUGGCCAUAGAAUAUAAAAUUCCAUUAACCUGUCAUUUCUGCCACCUUCCCUCUCUACCCCCAAACACGGAAGGUUGCACAGCAGCAAGUACAAGAAGUAAAGCAGGGGCCCUGCUCAUUCGCAGGCUGCUAUCAGUAACAAACCAAGUCAUCUACCUGCAGCUUACCAGCCAGGGAUAAUGACGGAGCAACAACAUCUGGCAAUUAGCUACAAGUCCAAAGUGCCAUCAUGCCAUCACAAGGGCGGACUAAUUUCCUCUUAUACCGCUUAUUCCUGAUGUAGAGAGACAUGGGAGGAGGAGUAGCCCCAAUAUAUGGACUUGACUGAACAGAUAAUCGCCUCUGUUUAGCCUCCCGUUCAUCCUUGUUUCCUCAAAAAGGGGAAAACUUCAGAAAGGGUGUAGCCCUGGCCUUGGGUGCUUAUGAGUGUUGCACGCUCGGAAGGCGGUUCAUAGAGCUCUUGGGCACUGGAAUAUCCGGAGAGUGGGACUCUGUAUUUCCAGUUCUAGGCAAAAGCCCUGUGGUUUUGGUCUCUCUUCUUCCCCGUGAGCAUACUGGAUAUAAUAUGGUGUAAUUUGGAACUGGUGGCAUUUUAUAUCCUUUCAAUACAGUGUGAGCAGCUGCAAGAAAUGCAUUGAAUAUUAUGGUGCAAUUUACAUUUAAUUGGAAACUCAGGUCUUCGACUAGUCAUUUUAUCUUUAAAAGUCCGUGUGGUAACAUGCAGUUCCUCAGAACUUGCUAUUCUGUAAGUGAAGUAGGGGCACAAAUCUCUUCCUAGGAUUAGAAUUGUAAGUUUGAAAGGCCCUAAAUUAGUUACAAACACUUGAGUGUAGUGUUUUCAAAAAUACGUUUGUUUUUUUUUUUUUUUUUAAAUAUAGCUUAUUAAUUUGUAGUAAUAACUAUUCAUUCAUUAUGUCUCUGAUCCAGCAGAAGACUUAAAUGUGUGUGUAAGUUUAUAUACUCAAGUAAUGCACUUAAAAAUAAUGCAUUUAUGUAAGUGUUGGACUGAAUCACAUCUGCAUUCAGAAAGGAGUUCCUUUACCCAAGGAGUAAAUUCCAUGCUGAGCUUUUUUCCCCAUGGAUUCAGUGAUCACUGAAACGAGAACAGCACGAGGUAGCACUCAAGUACUCCCCUGUGGCAUUCAUGUGUGGCUACUUUUAUAUCUGGCAAUGGAGGAAAGCUUUCAUUUUCAAAUAGAAUUCAGAAUCAAAAUAUUUUGUGGACAUGCUCAAAGCUACAUUCUAGCUCUUCCUGCCAUUCACUUAUUUUAUGACUUUCUGGCUGAAAAUCUGUGCGUUACGUGGGAAGAUAGAUUAAAUAAGGGCAUCCUUCCGACCAAUGAAAUUGCUGAAGUAAUUCUGAAGGUUUGGAAUGUGCCCUUUCACAGAAUUUGAACCUAGGGGUUCGAUUGACAAACUUCCAGUAUCCCACACAAACAGAGCAGGGUACUGCCUGCUCUGGGUAACUCUGGACAUCAUGGCUGGGAGGGGGAUCAGCACCUUCUGUACCUGUUCUUGCAGGUUUUCCCCCCAAAUGCCUGAAUUAAUUGCUGCCUUACUACACUUCCUGUGUGUGUGUAAUACCAGAGCUCUUCAUGGUAUUAUAUUGACAUGAAACUGAUGAUAAAUAGGUCCAAAGUGUCUUACUGAUAUUUUGGAGCCAGAUUCUCAGCCUUAUCAGUCCAGUGAUGAGGCUGAAGAACGGGGCCAGUACCUUGGGAUGGACGAUAACAAGCUGGCGCUUUAGCAAGCGUGUGUGAACUAAAGGAUGCCAAGUGCUUGUUUAGCUUUUUUACUCUGUUCACUGGUUAUUGCUACUGUUUUCAGACAUCAGAAGACAAAAUAUUUCCUAAACAAGCUUAUCUUCUUCUGCUUUCUCAGUAAUGUGUCCUUUAUAACUGCAUGGGAGUUGCCAUGCUGCAUGCUGCAGUGUCUGGGUUCCCCCAGCUGAAGCCAUCUACUUGCGGUUGCUUUCCAGGGGAUUAAAACACCUGGUAAUGGAGAGGAGAUUUAUCUGGACUGCAGUCUGAAUCGGCAUUGCUUUGGACAGAGUGUUUGCCCCUUGUAGAUUAUACCUGUAUCAACACAUUUCAGGUUCUUCGCAUAGUAGACUAGAUUUUAUAGACAUUUAGAGUGCUUAGAAGAUGGACAGUCAACAUCAUGGUGGUAGAUUAAUUCUUUGGUACAGAAUUAGAGCUUUCUUUUUUCCUUGUAACAUCUUGUUUUACAAAAAACAAUUCAAAAAGGUUACAUGUAAAUGCUGUUGCAGAGUGGAGAUGUAGGGCCUUCAGCGCUGGGGACUAAGUAUGGCCAGGGUUCACAUGAUUCGUCUUCUUUACGCUGAAUAUCACCAAUACAUGUUAUUAUGUGGCCAAAGGUUUGAAAGUCUACCUGAUCCUCAGGAGGGAAAUUUUCCCUAUCCUUUCCACAGAAUAUGUUACAUAAAUUAAACAGGACAGCUAACACUAUCCAUAUCCCAUAGCCAUAUCCAUAUCCAUUACAUCACCUACAGUGAAUAACUGUAGUUUUUAGCAACCCCCCCCCUCCAGUCCUUCAGAUAAACUAUUUUCUUUUGUCUUAAUACAGCCUUUUCAACACAGAUGUAGCUCUGCAAGUUCAAAAUAGCUCAAAUCUUUUCUUGGUUUCAGGCAUUAUGAAAUAAAUGCUUAUUUAUUCAGGUUCCAUGAUACUCUUCUAGUUAUUACUUUAUCCGUUGCGUGUACUGUAUUUUUUAAUUUUUUCUAUCUCAAACCAUUUGUCACAGUGUUACCCUGUAACAACAUUUUGUUCAUGAUACAGAAUAGGUGAAAAGCUGUGGAAUUCACGAAGGGCUACGAAAAGCAUCCAAAACUUUGUUCACCUCGAGGAAGGGUGAGACAGCUUGAUGAUCUUUGGACGAAUGACUAAACAACAUUGUGGUGCUAAUAGGUACUGAAGUAUUUUAUGAUGUAUUCACUACGACUUAAAUGACAUAGUGAAGGCGUGUCAAUGACGCAACUGAACAUGUUUUUGUUCUUAAAGUCUGGACUGCUCCAGCAAAGACAGUGUUUGUAAUUGCCAUUGGGCCAAUUCCUAACCAGCUCUUCUGUGGGAAAGUGAUUUCAGGAGGCAGUGUAGGAUUUCGCCCAGCGCUAGCAGCUAAGGUAAAAGCUAUACAGACCACAGGAAUCUCACAUAGGAUGUAUUCAUCCUGCUGUAGCGUGUUACUUUAGUGGCUUUGCAUAAGCAGAGGCUGAAAAUAAAUUCUAUAGUAAUGAAAAGAAGCACUAGGCUAAAUUCUGGGACCCCUUAACCAAGCAACGCUAGUAAGUGUUUGAAUUAAUUUUGAGGAUUCAGAUCUGAAAUAUUAAUAUACUUCCAUGGACUACCAGAAGGAGAGGGGUAGAAUAAGAGUAAAUUCUACCUCUAGCAAUGGAAAAAGGCCAAAUCUGGUCAACUUUGAAGUGAGCUACGAUUGAAAACAGAGGGGUUUGGUUUUAAAAUCGUCAAGACAAAAUUUUUCCCUUUCGUUUUGAAUUCCAGAAGGUCAUUAUUUUGUGUUGUGCGUGGACUGCUCAUGCAGAGGAGGCAUCUGUAUCCUAAAUAGCACUAAGAGGUACACCUCUGACUGAUAGGUCAGAAAUUCUACCUCUUUAACAAAUUCCAUGUUUGAAAACAUGGAGGGAAAUUUGAAAACAAAGAAAACAUACAAAAUCAUCCCAAACUGAGUUUCUGUGAAAAAAAAAAAAAAGAAGGGAAAAAAAGGGAAAAAAAAAAAAAAAAAAAGAAUUUGGAGUUACUGAGAUCCAUGGCUGAGCAGCGAAGGCUUUUCUCAGA